UUUUACCGCUUGAGAACACACUAAAUUGCGGAAAUGAUUUCGACCGGACCUUUAAGGCAGAGAAGUUAUAGAAAUAAGGAAAAGGCUACUCAAAACAUCAGCAAUGCGACAUUAGAGAACACUUCAAAGCCGCAAAGUAAACUAGCAACUAUAAGCACGGAGUUACAACAUGCCACUGCCGCUUCGACACAUCGUUUGUGGACUCGUGCUGUGAUCGCUACCUCUGUAAUGAUUGUUGUUUAUUUCUAUGCUCAACAAAAUCAAAGUAAAGAAACUAAAUUUGCCUUAGUUAAUGAGAAACUGCCAUUACGUGCACAGAAAUUUGAAUGUUCAAAAGACUACAAAGCAGAAAUACGUCGUUUUCCGAAUUGUGUGCCAAAGAAAUGUGGGCGCUUCAUUAGCGAUCAUUUGGUUGAAGAAAUUGAAGCUGAAACCCUUUUGAAUUUGGCGCGCACCAUAUUAUCAAUGGCGGGUUCGUCUGGAGGCGCAUCUAUUCUGAAUUUACACACUGGUGCACUUUCAUAUAAGGAACAAUUUGUAAAUGCGUACCGUGUGCCGAAAGUAGUGGCAGAAUUGCGUGAACAUCACUUAGCGGUAUAUAAUACUGUUAAAAACAAAAUCAAAAAUGCUAUAGCAGAGCAAUUUGGAAUUCAUCCCGAUAGUUUUUAUCUAACUGAUCCCACAUUUUUUUCACGUUUAACAAAUGCUACCGCUCGCACAAUGAAUGACGAAUACUGGCACGAACACGUUGAUAAGGAUACAUACGAAUCGUUUCACUAUACAUCAUUACUCUAUUUAAACACAUAUCAAAAAGACUACAAAGGUGGCCGAUUCAUUUUCAUUGACGGCGUUGGCGGAAAUCUUACCAAGUCAGCUAUUGAACCUAAAAAAGCACGAGUGAGCGCAUUCACUUCAGGCGCGGAAAAUCGGCAUCACGUGGAACAAGUCACCGAAGGAGAAAGAUACGCGAUUACUAUCUCAUUUACAUGUGACCCUGAUCGGGCGAUAGCUGAUCCGCAAAUUAGAAAAAACAAUUUAUAAAGCCAAUUUCCACACUUC